CAUUCACAUGUAGUACAUAUGUGUUAAAGAAUUACAUCUACUGUUACAAUGUGCGCAUUCAUUUCGUUAUUCUAGGUCGGGAGAGGAGUUCACUUUAAACGGUUUUUCGCUAUGGACAUUCUAAGCAAUUUUAGGUCUGCUCCAACGAUUUGGUCGAGUAGUUUACCGUUUUUGAAUACCAUGAGUGUCGGCAUGGCGUACACGCCGUAUUGUUGUGCUAGGUCUUGCAUUUGAUCAACAUCGACCUUAAUGAACGAAACGUCGUCGUAUUUCUCACUCAAAGUAACCAACAGAGGAUGUAUUGUUUUACAAGGACCACACCAGGUGGCAUAGAAGUCAGCAACGGUCAAUUUCGGCGAACUAUAAACAGGGAUUAGUCGCGACGCAGAAACAGCCUACAAACCUAAUUUUCUCGUUGAAUACAGCACUAGAAACGACAGGAUGCACUGCGCGAAGAGCUGAGGAGUACGAGAAGGUGCGCUUGGACACGCCAAAUAGUGUCUUUGCCAGCGAUUUCAUGGACAUGGUGGUAUCGAAAGGCUUGGAGAAUGACAACUUCUAUGGUGGUAUUUACAAAAUCUAAUUCAUACGGUAUCCAACCAAGCUAGGCAUUGUUCUGCUCUGUCAUCUUCUACGGGAAGGAUUUACUUGAACUUUGCUGAAUGUAUUAAACGAUCAUUAUUUGUUAUUGGCAUGGUACUCAAGAUAACUAAUACUUGAAGACAGUUGUGCAGCAAACGAAUGUUUCUAGUUGCCUCCACGAAGUGCAAGUACCAAAUGUAACACGCUUCCACCUUCCAAGUGGUACGUCUCUGCACUUUUCUCAUCAGACCUGAAUUGCCCAUUAGUAUCUAGAUGCGAGAGAACGAGUCAAUCAAGAAUAAAAAACAAGGAACAAGGCAUAUAUCUGUCCACAGCUUCGUAUGCUUCCUCCUGUUUUCGUCUUACAUUUGUUUUCCAGCAAAAAUUAACCGCUGCUGAGAAGGUGGAAUUCCUUCCUUUUCUUCUACUCUUUCUUUGAUACGUGAAACCUUGUCGUUUGGAUCAAUGUCCAACUCAAUCUAAUUACAAAAGCAAUUAGCUACCAGCGCUAACCAGGAAUUGAUUUUGAAAGGACAACGCUCAUACCUCUUUUCCUGUAAGGGUCUGCACAACGAAAACACGUUACUAGAUGCACACAACAUUUUCAAAGAACUCGUACCUUUACUUUGAUCAGCAUGGUUGAAAACGGUGUUGGCGAAAGGAAGCGUCGCCGACUGCUCCUAUGAAACUAAUUUCGCGCUCUCACCGACUCGUGCACCACCGCGAGGACCCAUAAAGGAAUCCAAUUCUGUCGCUCUUUAACGGCACAUUUGUACCCCGUCUACCAUGAGUUUUCAAGACUUGAACAUUGAGCCGUGGCUAAAACGCGCCGUUCAGGCCAUGGGUUUUACCAAUAUGACUCCAGUUCAGGAAAACUCUAUUCCUCUUUUUCUGAAAAAUAAAGAUCUCGUAGUCGAGGCCGUGACAGGUUCAGGAAAGACUCUUGCGUAUCUUCUUCCUGCUAUUCAAAAAGUGCUUCGUCGUGACGCUGACGAAAUCGGAAUUGGUGCAUUGGUCAUCGCACCGACUCGUGAAUUGGCGACACAGAUCUUCAAUGUGACCCAGGAGUUGCUCGUGUAUCAGGAUGAGGAUGAAGACAAGGAUGGGGAUUCCAAUUCGCAGAAAACGAAGACCACACAGAAGCGAAAGCUUACGGCCGUCAACUAUAUUGGUGGAAAAGACUCCGUCGCUCAAGAUAUCAGACUUUACAAGAAAACUCUUCCUGAGAUUGUUAUCGGAACGCCUGGACGCAUUAACGAGUUGCUUGAUAACAUUAGUACCAAAGGGUUAGAAAUUCUCAUUUUGGAUGAGGCGGACACUUUGAUUGACAUGGGUUUCCAAAAGACGCUUCAAUCGAUCAUCAGUCGACUUCCCAAACAGCGCCGCACGGGAUUGUUCAGUGCAACAAUGAACGAUACUAUUUCGAGUUUCCUUCGGGUGGCAGGUCUUCGGAACAGCGUUCGCAUCACAGUCAAUGUUGCUAUGAAGCAGCAAGAUGCACGAACUCCCCUUUCUCUAUCCAUUCAGUCCAUGGUAGUUCCUGUAAAGUUCAAACUUCAAUGCUUGCUAAAACUCUUAAGCACGACAUCUUUUGAAAAGGCAAUCGUGUUCUUUUUGUCAUGUGCUACUGUUGAUUACUUUACAACGCUUUUGGCUGGCAUGAAACUUCCAUAUGACAUUGUCCCCUUGCAUGGAAAGCAAGCGCCAUCGAACCGAACCCGCCAUUUUGAACAGUUUGUCUCGGCAUCGAAAAAGACUGUGCUGUUUACUACGGAUGUUGCUGCACGCGGUCUUGAUAUCCCCAAUGUUGAUAUUGUGUUGCAAAUGGAUCCACCUCUCGAUCCAAAAUCCUUUUCCCACCGUGCCGGUCGUGCUGGCCGUGCGGGAAAACGUGGUCUUUCAAUUGUAAUGCUACACGAAGGUCGUGAAGAAGAGUAUGAAGAUUUGCUACGCGUACGCAAAGUGCCAAUUCAGCGUGCCGAAAUUCCAGAGGGCGUGUGUGACGAGACUGCUUUAAAAGAACUUGUUUCCACUUUGAGGAAGGCUUGUAAAAAAGAUCGUGACAUUUACGAAAAGGGUCUUCGUGCUUUUGUUUCUCACGUCAAGGCUUACUCGAAGCAUCAGGCGUCAUUUAUUUUUCGCGUUAAGGAACUCGAUCUUCCUCAAAUGGCUACAGCAUACGCCCUGUUACAUCUGCCAAAAAUGCCAGAGCUCCGUGAUGUCGAGUAUACGGACGAGGACUUUACAGCGGAGAAAGUUGACACUGCUUCUAUUGCCUUCCGUGAUACCAACCGCGAGAAGGCUCGUCAAGCCGCUUUGGAAAAACAAGCUCUAUCUCCAGAGUCACAUCAACCCUCGAAGAAACGUAAAAAGCAAACAGAGGCUUGGUCAAAGCAAAAAGAGCGCAAAGAAAAGCGUGUUGAGCGCAGAGAGAAGAGAAGAAAUCGUCGUGAAAAGAUUCGCGAGGCUCGUGAAUUGGGUACAGCGGACUCCGUCGGCAAAGCUAAGGAAGCAAUAACGUCGACCAACGAUUCUGCAUCUGAAGCUACUACAAAGCCUGCAGAAGAAGAAACUGUUCCUUCCGACAGCGGCGAGGAUUUGUCAGAACUCGAUGAUGACUACAGGGCUCUGAAAAAGGAGAAAAAAGCAAAACGAGUGGACCGGGCUACAAAGGGAAAAAAGGUGGACAUACUCAGUGGUUUUUAGACAUUUUACUUUUAUUUAUCACAUUUAUUACAAAGUUUCAGUUUGAUUUUUCAGUGCGUUAUAUUUGUUCGGAUGUUACUUCUUCAAUUUUCGGUCCCAGUUGCAACACCUUUCAUCUGCCACCACGAAAUGUUAUGCUUACGGUACUUUAUUCCUGCACUUUUGGCUGCUAAUGCGGCUCCUCCGUUGUUCUACAUUGCAUUUAUUGUAGCAUUGGUGCUCUACAAACGGCCUUGUUUUUAUUGUGUAAUCAACAUGAUUGCGCUCUCGCGAAUUUUUUGGCUGGGCUCUAUGGUGCUUCCUUGGAAGGAGCAGUUUUAUGUUCCUAGGGAAAUGCCUGCCGAAUUGGUGAAAGCAGGAUACGAAGCGUUCCGGUUUUCCUGGUUACAGUUGGUUUUUCGACGGGAGAGCGUAUACAUCCCGUUACUUGGGAUUACCUGGAAGUUAUAGGAUUAACCUCGGGUCAUAAAGAAGAGCAUUCUUUCAUCGUUCCUGAAACGAUGGCACCAAAGAUAGCUUUAAAGACGAGGUUGGACCAAACAAAAGCCAAAAAAUGACCUAAACACACUGUUUCUUUGGUAUCGUCACUUUCCUCACUGGCACCGUAUCACUUUGCCAUUGCAAUUAUUAGUACCAAAAAUUGGCAGCUCUCGUCCUGGUUAGCUGCUUUUUUUUAACUCCAUCUUUAUAUACAUACCGCUAGGCAUCUAUCAUACACUAACGGCGUUUUUUUGAAUUUUUGUACAUAUCAAAACUGGAAAUAUUGGCCUUUGAGCGUUUCUUCGACAAAACGGACGCUUUUGAAGUCAUGCUGUCCUCAUCAUCAUCGUCUUCGCUGUCGUCUCCCGGGUCUGCAUUGCCCGACGAAGACGUGGAACGAGCUGACUUGGUUUCAGCUUCCUUUCGUUUUUGCAUUUGUCUUUCGAUUUUCUUUUUGAGAGCGGGAGGAAGACUGUUUAGUUUCGCAUUCAUGGACACUGGCAUGUGAGUUGUUUUCGAUGCUAAUUGGGACGCUGUUGCUCCUAAACCAAGACGAGGAGGACGUGCUUUUAAUUGUGUCUCUUGAUCCGCUUCAUUGUUCGCGUUUUUGCCAUGCGGCUCUUCUGGGCCCAGCCAAGAGCUGAUGAGGUUUCGUGUCAAACUUACGGACGUUUGGAUUUUCGCUUGGAGCACCUGCGGCUUCAUUGCAGCGGUGGCAGGUGCAGCUUUGUCUUGUGCGCCUUGUUCUUUCGACAUUGCAGCUGCUAUGCGACGUGUGCACCUCACGUUCUCCGCCAACUGCCCGACACUCAUUUUCUCUAUAGUGGCAGGCGGGAGGCAAGCGAAAUUGCCGACGACUCUCGAUACGACUCCUAAGAUAUGAAAAUAAAGUUUAGAUAAGAUAACUCUGUUAGAAGAUAAGAUGGUCGUUCUACGAAACGAGCAUAACACUUAAUGAAUUAUGAUGAAUUUUGUAAUCUUAUCAGAUUAAAUGGAAUAAAUUCUAAUUACCAGAAUUGGCAUUCUUCGUAGCAAUUUCACCAAUCUUUUC